AUGAUAGCAAGUAUAAACACUACCCCCUUCUUUACCUCUGUCUCUCUCUCUCUCUCGCCCACACAGACUGGUUACAUUAAAACAAGUUUUGGCUCACUGCUCAUACAACCGGUCAAUCAAACGGGCGAUGGCGAUUCGGAGGUGUUGCACAAAGUGUGGCGUCAUUCGCGUCGCAAUGCCAGACACGCAGUCGCCGCCGAUUCAUUGGGCAUGGAAUUGCUGGAGCUCGAAGAGAGUUUAUUCACAAAGCUGCAUCGCAAGAAACGCAACUACGUCGACCGUCAUGUCUUCACCAUGGAAGUGCUGGUGGCUGUCGAUAAGACGAUGAGUGAAUUUCACGGUGCCGAUUUGAAAUCGUACAUACUUACGCUAAUAUCGAUUGUUUCGAAUAUAUUUGCUGAUGCCAGUAUUGGCAAUUCGAUUUAUAUUUCUGUGGCGAAUAUAUUGAUUCUGCGUGACGAUCGCAGAAAAGCCAAGUCAGCGUCUGAAAUGUUGAAGGAAUUUUGUAAUAUUUUUUCGAAGCAGGGUUACCACUAUGAUACAGCAAUGCUCAUUACACGCGAUCAAAUUUGUGGUAAUGAAGGUGAGCGCUGCGACACUUUGGGUCUGGCAGAACUGGGCACUGUCUGCAAGCGUCGAUCGUGUUCCAUAGUACAGGAUAAUGGAUUGCCGGCCGCAUUUACCAUUGCGCACGAGUUGGGGCAUGUGUUAAAUAUGCCACAUGAUGACGAUGAUCUAUGCAAACCUUUCAAUCGUCCGGGCACUAAAAAUAAAAUGCAUAUUAUGUCGAGUAUUAUGGGCAGCGACAUUCAUCCGUGGUCGUGGUCGGAUUGUUCGCGCAAUUAUGUCUCGGAAUUUUUAGAAAAAGAAGACAAAUCCUGCCUCGAAGAUACGCCCACAUUCUACAUUAAGAACUUCAACACCAAGUUGCCCGGUGAGAUCUACUCGCUCAACCAUCAAUGCCAGCUAAUUCAUGGCAAUCAAUCGCGCUACUGUCGCAUCGAUGGCGAAUGCAAGCGUUUGUGGUGCAAAACGGAUAGCAGCAGCAGUGAUUGUCGCAGCAGCAAUCUGCCCUGGGCCGAUGGCACUCCGUGCAACAACGACCGCCACUGGUGUCAGAAGGGCGAAUGUGUGCCGCGUGAAGGUAAAUCGUUGCAGGCCAUACACGGCGGUUGGGGUGCAUGGAGCGCUUUCACACCCUGCAGUUUGACUUGUGGCGGUGGCGUACAGGAAUCACAGCGGGAAUGCAACAAUCCAUUGCCGAAGAAUGGUGGUAAAUAUUGUGCAGGCAGUCGUAAGAAAUAUCGCUCGUGCAAUACGCAUGCAUGUCCGCCGGGCACAAUGGAUUCGCGUGAGCAGCAGUGCUACGAAAUGAAUGGCAGAAAUUUCUCCAGCAAGGGUAUUGCACGUUCGGCCAAAUGGAUACCCAAGUAUGGUUUGUCCUCGGCGGACAAAUGCAAAUUGUUUUGUCGCUUGGAAGACAACAGCGCGUAUUUUAAACUCUCGGACAAGGUGAAAGACGGCACCACAUGUUCAUUCGACAGUUUUGACAAGUGUGUCAAUGGCAUUUGCCGGCCGGCAGGUUGUGACAAUGAAUUGAAUUCGCUGGCGAAAUUAGACAGAUGUGGCGUUUGUGAGGGUCGCAACGAUACCUGCCAGGAGCAUACUGGCAACUUUUAUGUUUCCGAUUUGUUCAAAUCCAAGUCCGAGUCAUACUAUUACUAUGUGACAACCAUACCAAAAGGUGCAUCCAACAUUGUCAUCACCCAGCCGGGUUAUCACGAUGAAAAUUACAUUGUGCUGCGCGACGAUGAACGCAACUCAUUACUCAAUGGCAACACGCUCAUUAGCAGCUUCCGCAAUGUAAAAUUCUAUGCAGGCGUAACCUUCGAAUACAAUGGCGCCAAGAAUUUAGUCGAGCGUGUAAAUACCACAUUCUCACGCAAACUGAAACGUGAUCUGAUUGUAGAGAUUAUUUCCAUGAGCACCAAUGCA